AUGGCUGUCAAGGCAGUCAUCCCGUUCCUCGUGGGAAUGAUGCUCCUCACAGGCUGCGCCAACACGAUCCUUACCAAAUACCAAGAUCAGCAAUGCGUACGGAACUGCGACGGGAAGGGCAAGCCACAUUUGUUUGAACAGCCCGUCAUUCAGACCGUCCAGAUGUUCAUCGGCGAGUCUGGAUGCUGGCUUGUGGUGUUUGCCUUCUGGCUCAUCAAGAAGCUCCAGACCAGGUUCAGCAAGCAGGAUGCUCCGCUGCUGUACCAACCGGUGAAUACUGAAGAGGACGAUGAUGAUACUCUGCGACCGAGGACGUCGCAGGAUGCCGCGUCUCCCGCGUUGAAACCACUGGUGCCGAAUGCGGACGAUAGGACACCGUUGCAAGGACUGAAGAUUGGCUUGUUGGCUAUUCCAGCCUGCUGCGAUAUCACGGGCACGACGCUGAUGAACGUUGGCCUACUAUUCGUCGCGGCUUCGAUCUACCAGAUGACGAGAGGCGCCUUGGUGCUCUUCGUUGGACUGUUCAGCGUCAUCUUCCUCAAGCGCAAGCUCUUCCGCUAUCAUUGGUUCGCCCUGGUGAUCGUUGUAACGGGCGUUGCAAUCGUUGGUCUAGCCGGCGCCAUCUGGAGCGGCAAAAGUGCAGAUACCGCGCCACAACAUAGUCCAGAGCUCAAGCCCGUUGUGGCGCUUCUGGCCCGAGAAGUGGCUGCAAAAGCUGCAGAUCCAGUGGUCGUUCAAACCAUCGUCGGCAUCUUCCUGAUCGCAGGAGCCCAGAUCUUCACGGCAAGUCAAUUCUGUCUCGAGGAAUGGAUUCUAGAACAUCAUGCGAUUCAGCCACUCAAGAUGGUGGCUUGGGAGGGCUUGUUUGGGUUCGUGGUCACGGUCAUUGGCCAGGUGAUUUUGCAUUUCACGGUGGGUGUCUCGAAGAAGGGCAAGUAUGGCUACUUUGAUGCGGACGAGGGCUACAGGGAGGUUUUCAACAAUCGGGCGAUUGGUAUCACGAGUCUGUUCAUCAUGGUGUCGAUUGGAGGGUUCAACUUCUUUGGCUUGUCUGUUACAAGGUCGAUCUCAGCUACUUCAAGGUCUAUCAUCGACACAUGCCGGACAUUAUUCAUCUGGCUGGUGUCUUUGGGGCUAGGAUGGGAAACGUUCAAGUGGUUGCAAGUCGUGGGUUUCGCCUUGCUUGUGUACGGAACGUUCCUAUUCAACGAGCUGGUCCGGCCGCCUCUUAAGGCUCUGCUGCCGAGAGAGCAGCGGGAAGGCCAGCGGGCCAUCUGGGAGGAACGCGAGAGCCAGAGCCUGUUGCAGGAAGAGCCAAUUGAGCAUAUAUGA